AUGCUGCCAGGUCAAGGAUGGCAUGCUGAUCUGCAAACCGUGUUCCAAUCUUUGUGGCCUUGGGGCGGUUUGAACGGCCAGCACCCAAACGAGCAGCUGGAAGAGGAGGAGGAGGAGGACCUAGGCGUUUGGGAGGACGAUUUACUCCCUUGUGUAUCGCCCGAGGUGUUGGUGCUUGAGAAGAGAGAUCGUCCUCUCCUUCUGCUUUAUGCCGACGAGAACGAGCAAGACAACAAGGUUCUUCGCGAAAUUGCCAGAUGCUAUCAUGACAGGAUAGAUGUCUUCACCCUGCCGUCGGACAGAAAAGAGGUUUUACAGCACGUGGAGCCGUUUCUUGUCGGACAACCCUCAGCCCAGGCUCGAGCGAUGUUCAUCACCCAGCAUGGAGGCCUCUGGCAUGCGUUCUCCUAUGAUGGAAGCUUGAUCUUCGAACCCCUCGCUCUGUUCGUUGCAGCAAACUUACACUCCCAAACGUGCCCUGCUGCCUACCUGCGACCAGGAGGGUUUGUGCGACAUCUCGUCGAAGGAUCACAAGGAGAAAUUCUGGGGGAGGGUCCGAGCCAGGAGGGUCCUUGCCUCCUGCUCGUCACUACCAGUCUCGAGCCUCCUGACUGGUUCUCAAAUGUCUCUCGCAUCUUCCAUCCUCGUUGCAAGUUCGGCUUGGUAUGCGAAGCUGUGUUGAGAAGAUGCAUGCACGUAUCUGACAAGGCGAUUGAUCCUCGAUCUCCUUCCAACCCCUCCAAUCAGUCGUACAUCCUCCUCUUCCUCCUCCCUUCCCUCGAGUGGCAAAAAAAGGUUGGAAUUCCAGGCGCAAUUUCUUCAGCUCUCUCUUCAGAUCCCAAGGCUGUACAGUUCCGAGGCUCUUCGGAUGUUCAAGCUGUCUGUGGGUUUCUAUCUACCAUGAUGAUGGAAUGCAGAAAGCGAAGAAAAGAGAAAAUGAAAGCCAGAUCUUGUGCAGAUGAUGACUCUUGGGUUGGUAUGGUGUACAAGUAUGGCUCAGACUACCUCCGGAAACAGCUCCGCGAAGCUUGUGUGUCGAAACCGGAGGUAUUGAAUGGCGAUAACAAAGAUGCCAUGCUCAUCAGUGACAGUGGCAACACUCGCUUGUACAUCGACUUGAGUCACAGCGCAAUGGAGCACGUACUGAGAGAGCAUCUCGCGUGUGGAUCACGUCCGAGUGAAGGUCUUGCUCUCCAGGACAUCUGGAGGAAGGGGCUUCCUGAGGAGAUCCGAGGGCGGCUAUGGGCCCAAGCCGUGGGAAAUGCAGCCAUGUUGAACCAAGAACACUACCAUGAGCAUAUUGUUGUUGCCCGUGACCUCGUGGGCAAGGGAGCGUUCAUGGAUCGAGCGUCCCGAGGCAAAGAGGAAGGAGAACUUGAGGAUCACUUGCGGCAGAUCACUCUUGACUUGGAGCGAACCUUCCCUGGAAUGUAUUUCUUCUCCAAGAACGGUCCCUUCCACCAAGACCUACGCGAGGUUUUGUUUGCUUUCUCUGCUACUCGACCAGAUCUCGGUUACGUGCAGGGAAUGUCACAUGUGGCUGCUCUUCUCCUCCUAUACAUGCCUGCAUGCUCGGCCUACAUCGCUCUAGUUAAUGAGCUCGAUAAGUUUCACUUCAAAGACUUCUUCCUGAUUGACGUGAAGAGAAUCGAUCGUUACUGUGCCGCCUUUCAUGUUGUUCUCCUGGAGCACUCUUCCAAGCUGGCGUGCAAGUUGCGGCAGAUAGGAGUGGAUGCAAGGUACAGGGAUGAGGCUGCAGAUUGA